AUGUCGGACCGGAACCAUCGCCGAGUAAACAUUCCCGCUAUCAACACAGCUGCUACCCCAAGCACGACCGAUAACAUGGCGACCUCGGGCACCGCGUUCGAUAUGAACUUUACACCCCUCCUUCCCUCCCAGCUGCUUCUCGGUAGCCCGUUCCAACCCGGAACCCCCUCCGCGUUCACCUCGCCUCAAUUUACCAACUACGGCGGCUUCCCCCAGAACCCCUCGGCACAGGCGGCACAGAACCAACUAGGAAGCCCGACGCAAGCUUCCCAUAAUGCUGGGCUAUACUCGAACAUGCUGGCUGCGGAAGGUUUGGGUAAUCAACAUGCGGCCAGUCCUGUCGGUGGUCUAGGGGGGCUGGGAAAUGCCGCAUACGGAAGUCCUGCUGCCUCUGUGACACCUGGCCUUCUUUCAGGGACGAGCCGGACUGUAUAUCUUGGCAACAUUCCCCCGGAGACCCCCGCUGAGGAAAUCCUUAAUCACGUCCGCAGCGGCCAGAUUGAGUCUGUUCGCUUGCUCCCGGACAAGAACUGCGCCUUCAUUUCAUUUUUGGACAGCAACUCGGCCACCCAUUUCCACUCGGACGCCAUUCUUAAGAAGCUAGCGAUCAAGGGGAACGACAUCAAGGUGGGCUGGGGUAAGCCUUCGCAGGUGCCUACGUCGGUCGCAUUGGCCGUUCAACAGUCGGGAGCCUCGCGCAAUGUGUAUCUCGGAAACCUGCCAGAGGAAACAACAGAGGAUGAGCUGCGGGAAGAGCUUGGCAAAUUUGGCCCAAUCGACACUGUGAAGAUUGUAAAGGAAAAGGCCAUUGGCUUUGUUCAUUUCCUGUCCAUCACCAAUGCCAUGAAAGCCGUUUCCCAGCUUCCUCAGGAAGCCAAAUGGCAGGCUCCCCGGCGUGUCUUCUACGGCAAGGACCGGUGCGCCUACGUUUCAAAGACACAGCAGCAGAACGCCGCGCAGUUCCUGGGAAUUGCGCCCGGAUAUGCGCACAUCCUCAACUCAGCCGACCGGGACCUGAUCACCAACGCUCUAGCCCAACAGUCUGUGGCUGCGGCGGCGGUGGCCACGUCUGCCGGCGGUGUCAACAACCUGGGUAACCGAACCAUCUACCUUGGCAACAUCCACCCUGAGACUACCAUCGAGGAAAUUUGCAACGUGGUGCGAGGAGGUCUUCUGCACCAUAUUCGAUACAUCCCGGACAAGCACAUCUGCUUUGUUACAUUCAUUGACCCGACAUCAGCUGCUUCCUUCUAUGCCCUAAGUAAUCUACAGGGACUCAUGAUUCACAACAGGCGGCUGAAGAUUGGCUGGGGUAAACACUCUGGACCUCUUCCUCCUGCCAUUGCACUCGCUGUCAGUGGCGGUGCCUCCCGCAACGUGUACGUCGGCAACUUGGAUGAGUCGUGGGCCGAAGAGCGUCUGCGUCAAGACUUCGCGGAGUAUGGAGAGAUCGAAUUGGUUAACACUCUCCGGGAGAAGAGUUGUGCCUUUGUGAACUUCACCAACAUUGCCAAUGCAAUCAAAGCUAUUGAGGGCAUGCGUAAUCGAGAGGAGUACCGGAGAUUCAAGAUCAACUUUGGAAAAGACCGUUGUGGAAACCCACCUCGUCAAACUGGUCCGCAACAAAAUCGUAAUGCCACCGAAGGGCAGUCGCCACCUCCCGCGAAUGGCUUCCAUUUGAGUCAAAUCCAGCCUCCACGUCCAACACUUUCCCCUCCUGGCUCUACAGGAUCUCAGAAUGGCCAACAGAGCCGACACCCCCUACAGACCGUAGCAUCUCCGUCCGGUAUCUUGAACAAUGGGUCCAACAACCCGCUGACCAUGUACCUGAACCAGAUGUCUACUCAGCAGGUCCAGGAACAGGAUGACCGGCUGAACGAUCCCCUUACUCUGGCGGCUCUACAGUCUCAACCUCAAACCAACUACCCUUCAAUGGUUGCAGGCCACACCAGCGAGCUCGCCAGUGGCGGCAUUGAAGCCCCUCUGCAUCAACACAAGCCGUCGGCCAACGGAUUCCUUAACAUCAGUACCGGCCCCACAGCCCACGGUCACCACGCUACUGCAAGCACCAGCAGCCUGAGCGUACCCCGUGCGCAACAUUCCCGGGCUGUGAGCUUACCGUCCUUCUCUCAAGAGCCAUUCGGUCCUAUCUCGGGUCAACCAGGCCCUGGCCGUUCUGGGGCUUCCCAUCACCCUCAAAGCAGCUUCUCUGGCUUUAACUCCGCUCUUGGUGGGCUCAACCAUUCUGGCUUUGGGCUGGCCAUUCACAACGAAAAUUCAUUGCCUGGCUGGGCAGAAGAGGAGAUCGGGGCCAAAUAA